UGUACAGCAGGCAGGAGCCGGUGACCAUUCUGGAGGCGGAUGGGGUUAAGGGCCUGUUUGGGAACUGGUCGGCCGCCUGGGUGGUGGAGUUCUACUGGUCGUGGGGCGGCCCCUGUGUCAACUAUGGGGCCACCUGGAAGGUACUGGGCCCGGGAGGUGAAAGUGUAUUUGAAGAUAGAAGAUUCAAAAUCGACGCAUGAAGUCCUGAUGCCCAAAACGUUGACUCUCCUGCUCUUCGGAUGCUGCCUGACCUGCGCUUUUCCAGUACCACACAUUUUGACACUGACCCUCCAGCGUCUGCAGUCCUCACUUUAACGUCAAUGUCUGACAGUCACUCAAUCCAGCGGGACCGGAAACAAUUUUUAACCGUGAGUCUGUGAGAAGGUGCAAAGCGUUUUGGUUCCUGGAUGAGAGACCCUACUGAUGCAGCACAUCGAGUGUGGGGCGUGUAGCAGCAGGAAUUGAUGGCCGGGAGGGACUGGAAAGGUAUUCUGUGCAGCUGAAGCUUCGACCAUGGAGAAACCCGAGGAAUCCUGCCCCGUGGAGAAACAGUGGAAGUGCAGUGAUGGUGGGAAUGGCUUCUGUUUCCCGUCUGCCAUGCAGAUUCAUCGGCGCAUCCACACAAGGGAGAGACCAUUCUCCUGCCCAGAGUGCGGGAAGGGCUUUGCCCACACCUCCGCCCUGAUGAGGCACCAGCGGGCUCACACCGGGGAGAGGCCAUUCCCCUGCCCCGAGUGCGAGAAGGCCUUCAACACUUCCUCCAACCUGUUGAGGCACCGGCAGGUCCACACUAGGGAGAGGCCCUUCAGCUGCCCUGAGUGCGGGAAGGCCUUCAGCGAUUCCUACCACCUGCUGAGGCACCAGCAGGUCCACACGGGGGAGAGGCCCUUCAGUUUCCCCGACUGUGGGAAGGCCUUCAGUAAUUCCUCCACCCUGCUGAAGCACCGGCGGGUCCACACCAAGGAGAGACCAUUCCCCUGCCCUGAGUGCGGGAAGGCCUUCAGCGAUUCCUCCCACCUGCUGACCCACCAGCAGAUUCACACGGGGGAGAGGCCGUUCUCCUGCCUCGAGUGUGGGAAGAGAUUUACCCAGGCCUCCAACCUGCUGACCCACCGGCGGGUCCACACGAGGGAGAGGCCGUUCAGCUGCCCCCUGUGCAGAAAGUAUUUCACCCGCUCCUCCCACCUCCGGAGGCACCAGAGAGUUCACAUACCGUCGCAGGGGGAUUGAAGGAGCGACGGCCGAGUGCCAUUAUCGACUGGACCAUCAACCCAGUUCCAGGGACUCCCGGAUUUGAAUCCCACUGCGGCAGAUGGCGCUAUACAGGGUCUGGGUUGAAAUUGCUGAGUGAGGCAAUACUUCCUCCAGGUUAAGGCUGUACCAAGGAUCCAAUUACAAAGGGACAACUCAGUGGUGACCAAUAGUAAAGAAAGUGGUGGGAGGGGAAGAGUGUGCGCUUUGACUUUGAGCUGUUUAAAAAGCUACUUUUUCUCUGCCUUUUUGCUGAGGGGAUCUGAAGCUGUAACAAAGUUGGGUUGCAAUAAAGGUUACCUGAACUUG